AUGGCUACUUUUGCCCCUACUGUAAUUGAGUUUAUUGAGAAUUGUAUUAAAAUCACGGUGCAUAUCGCGUAUGAUAAAAAACUUUAUUUACACCCAGGGAGAACCCGCACGCGUACGGCCCGGCGGAAUCCGGGCCGGACGCGUGGACGUUUCUGGAAGGAAUUUCGUAGAAAUAAAGGAGAGAGGGUGACGGGCGCUGCGGGGAAAAAGGGGGGGAGAAGACGACUCGGCCGACCCUCACCACGGAACGGCACGCUCCCCAAAACCGCCUCCCCCAUUUCACUGACAACAGACCACGAGUCCGGCACGAAGAAGGCGGACUCAGAGGACUGUGAUCGCGGAGGCACGGAAAUAGCAUUUGCGAUGGCUUUGUAUUCAGGUUCUAUCGAGAUAUUAGGGUUCUUCCAAUUUUUAAAUUUACCCCUUUUUUUCUCAUCUUUUCCAUUCUCGACAUCUGUUGGAAACUGUAAUGUACGUAUUUUACAGUUCUCCCACGUUGGCGACAGAUUCGCUGUUCAAGAGGAUCUGAAAACAAGUGGGACUACUCAAAUGUACCUCGUAAUUACCCCCCGAAUUUGGUGA